AUGGAAUUAUCUGAUGAACAAUAAACUAAUACACGUACUAUUAGUAAAAGUAUAUACUCGGCAUAUGAACUAGUAAAUAAAAACUAUAAGGAUCAUGAUUUUACCUAUAUUUCUAUUGACCAGACUUUAUUUGUUACAGAUUAUGUUUUCAGUAAUUUUGAAGUUGAUAAAAAAAUGCAAUAAACAAUCAUAAAAUAAAUCAAAUAAAUGGGGAAGACUAAAAAAAAAUAAUUAAUAAAAAGAGAAGAUCUCAAAAUUUAUUUGUCUUAAAUAUGUAUGGGAUGCCGUAAAAGAUAAUAAACUGUAGGAAUUGAUGAUGUUGUAAAUCAUAUCGGCAUGGAUUUGGUCUUGGAAAUAGAAAAUAUGUGGAUUUAGUUCAAAGAACAAGAAAUAUACUUUAUAACCAAAGAAAAAACUAUAGAAAUUGUAAAGAGCAUCAUUUAAAGAUACAAAAUCGAUUAUUCCAAAGUUAGUAAUAUAGUUGAAAAAAAUUUGAAUUCACUUUAUAAACAUGUUUUCGUAGAAGACUUUAUUUCAUUAAUCACUUAAAUUGGAAAAGAGCAUGAUCUGCGCUAAAAGAAAGUGAAAAUAUAAAAAUAAAAUUGUGGAUGCACAAUUUUUUGA